CCAACUUUCACCGAGGGGUCCUUCGUGCGUCCCACCUUGAUUCUUCGUCUGCGCCCUCCUUCCAGACACGACACGCUAACAGACCGCUCCCUACCCCAAUACUCGCAAAAGUAGACAAGAUGGCGAAGGGAAAGAAAUUCGAUAAGAAGAAUGCGCAGCAUUUUACUCUCGUCCACCGACCGCAAAAUGACCCGCUCAUCCACGACGAAAAUGCGCCUUCCAUGGUGCUGAACCCGGUGCCUCAGAAGGGAGGGUCUUCGAAGGGAAAGCAUCUAAGUGAUCUUGCAUCCGAGCUUGGUUCCGAUGCUGUGAGCAUAAGAGAGAACGAGGGAGAGGCGGCCGAGUACGGCGUCUACUACGACGACACCCAGUAUGACUACAUGCAGCAUCUCCGUGAUCUGAACUCUGGAGGCGGCGAGGCUGUGUGGGUUGAGGCUCCUGCAGCUGCCGAUAAAGGCAAGGGAAAGCAGACGUCGCUCGAGGACGCCUUGCGCCAAAUGGACUUAGAGCACAAGAGCGAGGCUCUGCUCGACGAAUCGGUCCUCCCCAACAAGAACCUCCAGCGAUCAACCUACCAAAACCAGCAGGAUAUCCCCGAUGCCAUUGCUGGUUUCCAGCCCGACAUGGAUCCCCGAUUGCGUGAAGUGCUCGAGGCACUGGAGGACGAUGCGUAUGUGGAUGAAGACGACGAUAUCUUCCAAGAGCUGUCCAAGGAUUCGCGCGAGAUCGACCAAUAUGAAUUCGAGGACCAGUUCGACUACGACGACGAGGAUGAGGGCUGGGAAUCGGAUGGCACCGCUAAGCCGAACAAGGAGUACAGAAGUGAAGCGGUCCCGCAGCUGAUUCCCGUUGAAGGGGAGGCACUGCCAGAGCACCAGAAUGAGGACUGGUUGGAGGAUUUCAAACAGUUCAAGAAGGAUCAGAAGGGCGGCAAGGUCCAGGAAAAAGUCACGCCGUCUGAGAUUCAGUCAUCCAUCUGGACUACGACAACAAUGGGUGGUCGCAAAAAGAAGAGAAAGGGAGCCCUUACCAACCCCUCCGCCUACUCCAUGACCUCAUCAUCGAUGGUCAGAACAGAACAGCUCACGCUGCUUGACGCCAGAUUUGACAAGAUUGAGGAGGAGUACACAAGCGAGAUGGGCGGUGACGACAUGGCCUCCGUCUCCGAAGUCUCAACGGCGACCAGCGUCGCCGGCCCUACCCGAGGCGACUUUGACAGCAUUAUGGACGAAUUCUUGGGCAGCUACACAAAACCUGGAAAGCGAACGAACAAAAAGAACAGACCGCAAACCGGACUCGAGCAACUCGAUGAGAUUAGGCAGGGACUGGGCCCCGCUCGCUUUCGAUCCAAGAACUAUUGAGAACGCUCGGAUCUAGCCACUGGUCAUUGCGAUACCCUCAUUCCGCACAAGACUCACCAAAAGAUCUGUGCCUAGAAAUGUUAUAAUGAACAAAAUGAUGGUUAAUGAUGUUUCACCUGCCUCGCCCGAUAUGUCUCGCCGCUGUUGCCGAAAACGCCAUCCUGUUGAGCCGUAAACUCAUAUGAAUCACGCCACGAAAACUCUUUCUAGACAGUCUACAAU